AUGUCUGCACCAUCAAAAGUCAACAAGGAAAACUUCCGCCUCCUGGAUUUGUCUAGCGACGAAGAGUCUGAAGACUUGCAGCUAGAAAUAAUUCCAAGCAGAAAGAAGAAAAUCACAAGACGUGAACGCAGCAGAAAUCCAGCCCCCGCAGCACUUGAACACAACAUUGGAGCUGAGGUACAAUGUGCUCUGCGUUGGGCUGUGAGGGGCACCCUCCUACUAUGGCUGCUCAUGCUGACCUGGAUAUGUGCUGCGCUAUAUGACCAAGUUACUACCAUGCGGGUAGAUAUAGGACAUGUAUCAAGAAGCAGCAACAGCGUAGACGACGCGUUACAAGUAUGCCACACGACUGCAAAGGAAUUACGAGCGAAUGCCAGUGCACUAAGUGCGAAAUUCGCAGCACUGGACCAGGAACACAAAGAACUGACGCAGAGGGUAGCUCAGGCGGCGCAGGAGCUCGCUGCCGUGUCAGAACAGCUGUCAGCAGCACCCAAGUUAGCUGACACACCGAGAAGACUGGCCGAACUACAGAGAACAGUCGCGACAUUUGGUUCACAGAUCAACGGUUUCGACAGUACAAUAAGUUCGACCCACAAACAAGCUUUAGCAGCAGUAACAGGGGUAGAAGAAGUAAGAAAUCUUCUUCACCAACUAGAUGCGAAGGCGAAUGAGACUAUAGCCAACGUCACAGCGAACACGAAGCGUGACGAAGAGAUCCGAACGGACCUCGGGAACCUUAACAGUACCCUCACAAGCAAAGUUGAAGCCUUGCAGACUAGGAUACAGGAAAUCACUAAGCCUGUAAGCACAGCGGCGCCGACGGCGGCGACGGCCGCGACGGCAGCAAGCGCGGUGCCGCCUACUAACUCUACCACUACCACCACAACGACACUACCGCCUGGGAAACCGUCAGUGCUACAAUGA